GGAGACGGCCAUGGCUCACAAGGUGGACCACGAGUACGACUAUUUGUUCAAGAUUGUCCUGAUCGGGGAUUCCGGCGUCGGCAAGUCCAACAUUCUUUCUAGAUUUACCAGAAAUGAGUUCUGCUUGGAGUCCAAAUCCACCAUUGGCGUUGAGUUCUCUACCAGGACUCUCGAGGUAGAAGGAAAGACAGUAAAGGCACAGAUCUGGGACACAGCAGGUCAGGAGCGAUACCGUGCGAUUACUAGUGCUUAUUAUAGGGGAGCUGUUGGUGCUCUUCUUGUUUAUGAUCUCACGAAGAGACCGACUUUCGACAACGUGCAAAGGUGGCUCCGGGAACUGAGAGAUCAUGCAGAUUCCAACAUUGUGAUUGUGAUGGUUGGAAACAAGUCUGACCUAAAUCAUCUUAGAUCGGUCUCGGAGGAUGAUGGGCAGGCCAUGGCUGAGAAGGAAGGCCUAUCAUUUAUCGAGACGUCAGCCCUGGAUGCUACUAAUAUCGAGAAGGCGUUCCAAACCAUCUUGACAGAGAUCUACCACAUCAUCAGCAAAAAGGCAUUGGCUGCCCAGGAGGCAGCUGCGAGCGUGGGCCAUCCCGGUCAGGGAACCACCAUCAACGUUUCGGAUGCUUCUGGGGACUCGAACAAAAGAGGUUGCUGUUCUACUUGAGCAGAUACAGAAAGAUAGAAUUGAUAUAGUUCGCACCAAAGGUUUCUCUUGUGUUCUUCUUCCCUUCUUUAUUUAUUUUAUUUUCCAUAAUUGAUCUGUUGUUUUUGAUCUUCCGGAUUUGGAGAAACUAGGAAACUGUAGUGUAUUCAUAGUGGGGCAUGUAGAAUGAAUAUCUUAUCGCAUCAGCAAGUGUUAGUUUAUUUCCUGCAACUUCCAAUUCCAUCCUUAAUGUUACCAAAUUCCAUUCAUAUAACAAUUAUUUGGGGAAAUUGAUUUGUAUUUGGUCUCCAUUUGCUACUCCUAA